CUUCUCGUGCAAUUCUCGCCCGCUUCUCUGCUCGUGGUUGCGCCCCCCCCCUCUCCCUAGAUCUCUCGAUCUUCCGUUUCAGAGCUAGCCGUUUGAUCGUUAGGGUUCCGGUCUUCUUAUCCUCUCGUCCUCUUUGCCGCUGUUAAAACUAGUAUAAAGAAACCCUCGGCUUUUUUCGUCUGAUAUCAUUCGGCCUCUCUGAUCUGUAUUUUCGUGGGUGCUUUCGCUUCAUCCCUAGGGUUUUGUCGAAGCUUUUAAUCGUACUGUUUUGGUUUCUCCUGUUCUUCUGGUUAGGGUUCUUACGCAGAGGCUUCGUUCUUUGCUAUCUUUUUGAUCCAUUGCUUUUCUUUCUGUCUCUAAAUCGCAGGGGACCUUCUCUUACCUCUUUUUCCGUCUCGAUUUUCAGAUCCGUAUCUCUCUUUCUCUCUCUUCAAGCCAACCCUGCAUAGACCUCUCAAGAGCAGAACAAAAGCUGUCGCCCUCCUUUUCCUCCAUUAAAAGAGCUUCAUCUUGUGCUUCUUCUUCUCCUGAGGUGAGGUGGGGAUUAAGUUGCUCCUCAAGCUUCGGGGGUUAGGCUUUUCCUUUUCUUAGAACCUUACUGCUUCUUUUGGGGGGGUAGCCGGGGCCUCGGCCUCGGCUUUUGGCAAAGCCCCCGCCCUCACAACCUCUCUUCUGGACCCUUUCUAACAAAACCGGGAAGAGAUGCCUGCCCUAGCAUGUUUCGACCAAGCCAUUGCAGCUCUCCCCCCUGCUUUUGCUUUCUCUUUAGCUGGGGAAAGCUCUCUUCCCGGCUUGUCACCGUUGCUGGAGAAUGGAUUUUCAGGCCAAGAUUUGCCUGAAAAAGACUUCUCCGAUGAGGUGACAAACCCUAACAUUGGCGGGCUCUGGUCUCCGGAGCUGUCUGCCUCUCUGUACAGGAUCAACGGCUGGGGCGCUCCUUACUUUUCCAUCAACGGCUCCGGCAACCUCUCUGUAAGGCCACAUGGCCUCGAGACCCUCCUUUUUGAGGAGAUCGAUUUGAUGAAGGUCGUGAAGAAAGCGGUUGACUCUAGAUCUAAUGGCGGACUCGGCCUGCAACUCCCGCUUAUCGUGCGCUUGCCUGACGUGUUGAAGCACAGGAUCGAUUCGCUGCAGUCGGCCUUUGACUCGGCGAUUCGAUCACAGUCAUACGACUCGCAUUACCAGGGCGUUUACCCGGUCAAAUGUAACCAGGAUCGCUCCAUCGUGGAAGACAUCGUCGCGUUUGGUAGGUCCCAUCGUUUUGGGCUCGAGGCCGGGUCAAAACCCGAGCUUCUCCUCGCCAUGAGCGCGCUCUGUAAAGGUAGCCCUGAAUCCUACCUCAUAUGCAACGGCUACAAAGACGAAGAGUACAUCUCUCUUGCCUUAAUGGCGAGGAAGAUGGGGCUUGAUACUGUCAUCGUUUUGGAGCAAGAAGAGGAGGUCGAUCUGGUCAUUGAAAUCAGCAAAAAGCUUUCUGUGAGGCCAGUGAUUGGAAUCAGAGCAAAGCUCAGGACGAAGCAUUCUGGCCAUUUCGGCUCGACCUCUGGUGAAAAAGGCAAGUUCGGUUUAACAACUCUGGAAAUUCUUGGUGUGGUCCGAAAGCUCAGAGGGGUGGCCAUGCUCGAUUGCCUGCAACUCUUGCACUUCCACAUUGGCUCUCAGAUCCCAUCAGUUUCUCUACUAGGCGAUGGUGUCGGUGAGGCGGCCCAGAUAUACUGUGAGCUCGUGCGCCUUGGUGCCGGAAUGCGAGUGAUCGAUAUCGGUGGUGGCCUUGGCGUCGACUACGAUGGCUCAAAAUCCUCUGCAUCGGAUAUGUCGAUUGGUUACACUCUUGAGGAAUAUGCAGCCACCGUGGUCCAAGCCGUGCGCUAUGUGUGCGAUCAAAAGUUUGUUAAGCACCCAGUUAUCUGCAGCGAGAGUGGCCGUGCGCUUGUGUCGCAUCACUCGGUGCUUGUGUUUGAGGCUACUGCUGCAAGGGAAGUUGCCACACCGGGCCUAGAUCUUUCUUAUUUGACAUUGGGGCUCAGCGACGACGCUCGAACUGAAUAUGGCAAUUUGAUGGGUGCGGCGAUGAAGGGUGAGUAUGAGCUGUGUUUGGUGCACGCGGAGCAGCUGAAGCAGCGCUGUGUGGAGGAGUUCAAGCUCGGGUCGUUCGCGCUCGAGCAGCUUGCUGCUGUGGACAUGCUCUGCGACCUGCUCUCGCACGCCAGCCAACAGGCUGAUAGCGUUCGCACCUACCAUGUCAACCUCUCCGUCUUCUCCUCCAUUCCUGACUUCUGGGCCAUUGAGCAGCUGUUUCCGAUCAUGCCCAUCCAUCGCCUGGAUCAAAGGCCGAGCAUCAAUGCCAUUUUGUCCGAUCUCACCUGCGAUAGCGAUGGUAAGGUGACCAAAUUCAUUGGCGGAGCGACGAGCUUGCCACUGCACGAGUCGCGACCGGGUGAGCCCUACUAUUUGGGCAUGUUCCUGGGUGGCGCCUACCAGGAGGCGCUGGGUGGGCUCCACAACCUGCUUGGGAGCGCCAGCGUGGUGCGUGUGGUCGGGAGCGAUGGCGGAGGGCAGGCAUUUGCAGUGACCGGGGCGGUUCCCGGGCAGUCGUGUGCUGAUGUGCUGCGGGCAAUGCGGCAUGAGCCGGACUCGAUGUUUGAGGCGCUCAAGUGCAGGGCCGAGGACUGCUUCAUGGGGGAGUCGGUGGCGCGCACUCUGGCGUGGUCCUUCAACGCGAUGCCUUACCUUCGGCACGGCGCCACCACGGCGGCUGGCGAUGAGCACGAGUGGGGGGGCUACGACUAUUACUAGACUUGGCCACUGAGUUACGAAAUAAGUGAUUUGGGAACCGUCGCCCGUUGCUUCUCGUUUUGCCGUUGCCCUUGAUGGGCUUAGUAUUGGAGCGAGAGCUUGUGUUUUUAGGGCUGCUACCCCCAGUCCUGUCUUUUUAUUUUUUAUUUUUUUGUAUUUGAUUUUAGUUGCGUCUUUCCCUUUUUUCGUUGACGUUGGUCGCCGUGAUGUAAUAAGCGUCUGUGGACUAACGUUAUUCGUGGGAAAAGAAAGGAAAAAAGCUCGCUCUUAAUUUUCAAUAAUUCCUUUGUUUUUAGAAUCAA